AAUUACUAUCAUCUGUUAUUAAAAAGGGGGAAAGGUUUCCAAAGUGAUAAGGAGCUAAACAAGAUGGUCGUAGUUACAUUGGCAACCAGGAUUUUACUCACUCCCAGUCUCCCUCCAAAUCCAUUUCGUUCAGUUUCAAAUGGAAAGUCCAGAAACAAAACAACCGAAAUUGUCCCACAAACAACAAAGUCAUGGAAGAUUAAAACCAUCGUUGCGUCUUCUUCGUCCUCAGUUGUUGGGUCUUUUAACCAAACAGUUGGUGAACAAGUUUUGCCAGUGAGAGAAUGUCUUGAAAAUGAAACAAAGAGCAAAGGAAAGAAAAGGGUAUUCUUCUUGGACGUUAAUCCUCUUUGUUAUGCUGGAAAUAAACCAAGCUUACAAUCUUUUGGUCACUGGGUUUCUCUUUUCUUCUCUCAAGUCUGCCUCACCGACCCUGUUAUUGCCGUUUUUGAUGGUGAAAACUGUAAUGAAAAGCGGAGACAGUUGUUACCUUCAUAUAAAGCACAUAGGAGGAAAUUCUUUCCACGGCCAACAACCUCAAAAAAAUAUGUUAGGAGUCAAUUUGGGGGAUCACAACAACUCAUCAUGGAUGUUCUUAGAAAAUGCAAUGUGCCUGUCCUAAAAGUUAAAGGAAAUGAAGCUGAUGAUGUCGUAGCCACACUGGUGGAACAAGUAUUAAAAAGAGGAUAUCGUGUGGUUAUUGCUUCUCCUGAUAAGGAUUUUAAGCAGUUGAUUUCUGAAAAUGUUCAAAUUGUUAUGCCUCUGGCAGAGUUAGACCGGUGGUCUUUUUACACUCUGAAGCACUACAUAGCUCAGUAUAAUUGUGAUCCGCACUCUGACUUGAGCCUUAGAUGCAUCAUGGGUGAUGAGGUUGAUGGUGUUCCUGGGAUUCAACAUUUGGUUCCUGGUUUUGGUCGGAGAACUGCCUUAAAGCUUUUGAAAAAGCAUGGCUCACUAGAAAACUUACUAAAUGCAGCAUCAGUGAGAACUGUUGGCAAACAGUAUGCACAAGAGGCCCUCACAAAGUAUGCUGAUUAUCUGCGAAGAAAUUAUGAAGUUCUAGCCUUGAGGAGGGAUGUUGACAUUCAUCUUCAAGAAGAAUGGUUGGUUAAAAGGGACACACGCAACGAUGCAAGUGUUUUAUCCAACUUCUUCAGAUUGUUGGAAGAGACUGAUAAACCUACUAAUGCAAGCAGAACUAAUUUCUCAAAUGGUUAAGCCCUAAGUGCUGAUGAGGAAUAGCUAGCUUGAAAAAGUAAAUACUUCCAUCAGAGAGCUGGAGAAGCUGUGUUUGAACUGAGAACAAACUAAAUACUAGCAUUUAAGGACGACAAGGAACUUAAACGAUAUGGCCUUGUGCAGAGUGGGUAAUUUAUAGGUCGAAGAUGAGAAAAAUGAGUAGGAUGCCGUAGGUUCUGCUAAGGAAAUUCCAGUACACUAGUAAUUCAGGAAGAUGGGGAAUUUGAACUGAAAAAGUGUAGUUUUUCAUAAUUGCCUAUGUUGGAUUUCUUGGAUCAGUACAGUUUCGAGAUUGGUCAUUAUAAAUUAUUUAAUUUCUGGAAUCAGUUAUGCGAAA